AUGCAUAAGCUGCCAUCAUUUGUUACAAUAUUACAAGUAAUCUUCAUUUUUAGAGAAAAAAGAUGAGAAAUCCUUCCAAAACCUAUCCAGAUGGGUCUAAGAUGUUUAAGAUAAAGAGGAAAUGAUGUCUUUAUUUACAUAUUGGGUAAUAAAAUUGAUUUGGAAUAAGAUUCAAAAAAACAAGCAUAAGCUAAAGAUAAUGUAUUUUGAAUUUAUCUUAAAUUUCUAGGAACUAGGUGCUUAGUUUUAUGAAGUCUCUGCUAAGAAUGCAACAAAUGUACUUGAAUUUUUUAAGAAACUUUAAAAUGAUUUGUUAGGCGAUCUUGUUUUACAAACUCAUAAUUAACAAUAAUAAUAAUAAUAAUUUGUAUAUUAGUAUAUCAUUCUUUACAAUAAGAUGAAAUUUAGUAAUUGA